GCUAGCUAGUACUCAACUUCUCAAAUAAAUUGCAUCCCACAAUUUCUCUCCUAUUACUCUCUCUCUCUCUCUCUCAAAUAAGAUGGGGCGUUUGUUUGCAACUUUCUUCCUUGUAGCUAUGCUGCUUUUGGCCACUGAGAUGGGACAAAUGAGCAGUGCAGAAGCAAGGACUUGUGAAUCACAGAGCCACCGUUUUCAUGGAACGUGCGUUAGGGAUAGCAACUGUGCCUCCAUUUGCCAGACGGAGGGCUUCAUCGGCGGCAACUGCCGUGGUUUCCGCCGCCGUUGCUUCUGCACUCGAAACUGUUAAAGAUCCAAAGAAGAAAGUCGAAAAUGAUCUUUUAACUGUCUUUGUAAUCGUUUACUUGAUAAAUAAGUUAUUUUUCAAUAAAGAGUAACUCGUGCUUUAGUCUA